UUUAAAAUGGCGGCGGUAGCGUCAAAACAGGUAUGAAAUGUUAACGACACCGGAUAAACUUAUGACAUGUGCUUGUUCUUAUAACACCAGGGAAGCGUGUGGUUUCCUGCAGAGAUGAUGUGACAGAAAAACAUGUCCGUUGUAUUUGAACUUCAUUUUGAUAUAAGGCACUUGAGGAAGCGCUGCUAAAUUCAUCGUCAGUAGCAAGUCCGGGAAGACGUGUUUAUAUUUACCAGCCUCCUUUUCCCCAGAGGUGAAUAUAUGUGUUCUUGAGGUUUUUUUAUUCAACGAAUGACCUCAUACUGGUGCUGUUUGUGUGCUCUAAGCUGCGUUGAAGAGGCAGGGAAAUGAGGGCGGUGCAUCAGCAGUAUCACAGCAUCACCAUGGACCGCUUCAGCAGGCGGCUACCUGCCGGACACCUGUAGCAUCAAACGGCAUCAUGGCAAACACGACCACCGGGAACCGGGACCGCAGAGACAGCCGCUGUGGUUUAUCUGGAGAAGCCAUAGUGCAGAAUGGCUGUGUAGUGACGGACCUGGCUGCCUCUGACCUCCACAAUCACACCAGCCACUGCCACCACGACCUCAGCUCCACCCUGCACAGUGAGUCGGUCGUCCCCACCUACAAGCCAUCCUGCUCCUCCACCCCCAUCUACUACUGCAGCCCCCAAAAAAACUACUCAGACCCGAACCAGGACUGCCACAGCUUGACUUCCCAGGACUCGGGUAUCCCCACUCUGGAGAUCAACCCUCCGGAGCCUAUCCUCCACGCCCACCAACGUGCCGGGGACGGAGGCCUCGUCUCUGACUCCAGUUCCUACUCUCCCGCCACUUUAACUUUGGAGGAUUCUACUGAUGGCAACUCCCUCCGUAAAUCCUCCACCUUCCCCCGCAGCGGGUACGACUCCAUUCGGCACUUAAGUCCCGCACUCAGAUUAUCCACCACCACGGGGACGGGCAUCGGAGCUUUAAACCGCAGCGAUGACAUCUCCAGCAUGUCCAGCAUGAGCACCGAGCUGUCCGUCUCCAAUGAAGACAUCUUGGAUUUCACCGUCACCUCCAGCUCCAGCGCCAUCGUUACCUUGGAGACAGACGACAGUGGCGGCGGUCAUUUCUCAGACGUGACGCUCUCGUCGUCACCUGGAGAUUUAUGGAGUCCUGUACGGGGUCCGCAUCAGGAAGAGGACGGCAGGCUAAAGAAAUUAGGACCUCUAGCAAGUUUAUUCAACAGGAGCCUGUUUGCCAGGAGGGUGAAGGACAGUCGGCCGGUGGAGCAGAAGGAUCCCGGGUGGAAGCUGUUUGGGAAGGUACCCCUCAGGGAAGGCCCCAUUAAGGACCCCAAGAGAAUACAGAAGGAAUAUGAAACAAAGAGUGGCAGAGCUGGACCUGGCAACCCGACGUCUCCCAGGCACGGUGUGAGGAAAAACCUGGACUUUGAGCCCCUCUCCACCACCGCACUCAUACUGGAGGACAGACCUGCCAAUCUGCCUGCCAAGCCCGCCGAGGAGGCCCAGAAACACCGACAGCAGUAUGAGGAGAUGGUGGCCCAGGCCAAGAAGAGAGAGUUGAAGGAGGCUCAGAAGAGGAAGAAGCAGCUGGAGGAUCGCUGUAAGCUGGAGGAGAGCAUCGGCACAGCCGCCCAGAUCUGGAACCAGGAGAUCUUACCCAACUGGAGCACAACGUGUACGUCUCGACGCGUGAGGGACCUGUGGUGGCAGGGCAUCCCCCCCAGUGUGCGGGGCAAAGUGUGGAGCCUGGCCGUGGGCAACGAGCUGAACAUCACACACGAGCUGUAUAACAUCUGUCUGUCGCGGGCCAAAGAGAAGUGGAGGACAACGCCAGUCUCGUCUUUAGAGACGGAAGCUGAAGAUGCUGGUUCGUCAGAUCGGGAGUCAAGCCUGGAGCUCAUCAAACUGGACAUCUCCAGAACUUUCCCCCACCUCUGUAUCUUCCAGCAGGGAGGGCCAUAUCACGAUGUGCUGCACAGCAUUCUGGGAGCAUACACUUGUUACCGGCCCGACGUCGGCUACGUGCAGGGAAUGUCGUUCAUCGCAGCAGUGCUCAUCCUGAACUUGGAGACAGCCGAUGCCUUUAUAGCUUUUGCCAACCUGCUCAACAAGCCCUGUCAGAUGGCCUUCUUCAGAGUCGACCACAGCCUUAUGUUGACUUACUUUGCAGCUUUUGAAGUGUUCUUUGAAGAAAACCUACCAAAGCUCUUUGCACAUUUCCAGAAAAACAACUUGACCCCUGAUAUUUAUUUAAUCGACUGGAUCUUCACGCUGUACAGUAAGUCCCUGCCGCUGGACCUGGCGUGUCGGGUGUGGGACGUGUUCUGCAGAGACAACGAGGAGUUCCUGUUCCGCACGGGGCUGGGCCUGCUGCGCCUCUACCAGGACGUCCUCACCCCCAUGGACUUCAUACACAUGGCUCAGUUCCUCACCCGCCUCCCUGACCUCAUCCCCGCAGAUCAGCUCUUCCAGCACAUCGCCGCUAUCCACAUGACCAGCCGCAACAGGAAGUGGGCGCAGGUCCUGCAUGCGCUACAGAACGAUCCGGAGCGGUGCAGCCCGGUGCUGAAGCGCUGAGCUGAGAUCAGAGGAGAACCAGGUCCCCUGCAGCUCGCAGUGAAACGGUGGACUCUCAGCUGGCAGUACGGGCCUGAGCAAGACCUUUGACCUCAGCAGAACAUGUCUGGUGGUAGCCGCCGAGAUAAACCUCUUCCCUCACUGCUCUAACGGGAACCAGCACCCUGGAGGGGGAGUGAGAAGGAACACGAGGCCUUAUUUAUCUCCCAGCACCCCUCCUCCCCUCAGAGGUCCAGGAGGAGGCGGGAAACUGUAGCUGGUAGAGGCUGAAUAAUGUAUCACACUCCCCCACACACACCAGGCUAAUUCAGAGGAACUUUAAUCCUCCACUCAAAUUUGAAUGCUGUCAACAAUCCUUGAAGCUACACUUCCACUCCUCUUUUGUCUAAAUGUGGCUUUUUAGCACAAACAAAAACUCUGGAAAGAUAUGGUAACAUCUCCUGAGUCAGCGAUAUCUCUUUGUUCCUGCACCUUAUUUUUCUCAUAUAUUCUGUCAGUCCUUCACUUUGAUUUUAUCCUCUGUGUGUUUUUUAAUUUGUGUGUUUUCAAGAACCAUUCCAUGAAGUCAACUCUGUCACGAGUUAAAAUCUAUGAAAUGCUCGUCACCUUCACGCUGGAGACAGAUUGGUGUCUGCGAGAGCACCGCUUUGUUACAUUUGUUUUAAACCUCUAGAAAAAGAGGCUGUGAGCUGCCUGUAAAAUGAAUUUUACAGAUUAUUUAUGUCGAUGAAACUGGAGUAAAUGAUGCUGCUGUAAAACACACGACAACAAACAGUCAGUGUCACACUGGACCUUUCCUGAUGUUUGAGGUACAUUCCAGCUUGCUAGUGUUCUGAUUCCUGAUGUCUUGGUGUGGGUGUGAAUUGUAUUUAUUCAUAUUUAUCAAAACAGGACUUGUUCCAGUCAAAUGAAGGGUUUUUCCUGAGCCCCCCCCCCCCCCUCAAGCACACACUCUAUUUAAACAAUUAAAGUAGUUACAGCCCUAAAGAGAUAGAAAGUCCUCAUUCUAGCAAAUACAUGCUGUAGCCGCUGUAAUCUGAGGGCCUUGGCAUGGCAGCUUGACAUCUGUAGCAACUGCUCGGCUUCUGUCAAGUAUUGAUGGUUUAUGGCGAUACUUUCAUUCAGUUAUCUCCGUCUUUAAGACAAGAAAGCCUUUCAUAGAGUUGACUAGACAUGAUAAAAGGUUGCAAGUGUCUUUUUUUCAUUUCUAACGUGUUGUUUGGACUCAAAUUUCCGGUUCUAAACAUAUGUGGUCGUCAGUAAACACCUGUGGAGCUGUGUGGCCGCUGUUCUCCUAUGGCGCUGUGUUCAGGCCCCGAGUGGCUGCGUUCACAACGUGGUAAAUGUGUCACUGGUGGUUGAGUUUUUAUUACCAGCAUUGGUUUGAGGAGUAAUGAGAUAAAAAUUUACGUGAAAUUCAGAUUGCUUUUCUGUCUAUUCAGAUUUGAAAUCAGUUUAUUUGUGGACGGUUCGUGAUUUCUUGAGCUUAAUAAAUGAAGGACCAUCUUCCUUAUAAUCCCGGACAGGAUGAUAAAUAUCUUUUUGCCCCUUUUGCACAGAAACUGCUCCCAUUUCUUCGUAAGAAACUCUUGUUACUCCCUUUUGUUUCCUGUACUAAUGAUGAUUUAUUUGAGCUUAAAUGUACUUUAUUAAAUGCCUGGACUGCAGCUGAAGCAGGGUUCUAAAAUGGGUUUAAAAACAGGAAGCGCCUUUCCUUUGUAAAUCAUCAUGUUGCGCUUGUCUGUGUUUCGGUGUCUGCGUUAGCUAAGCACCAUGCAGCACACUUUCUGAUCACGCUUCUCGAUGCACUCCCCCCCCCCCCCCCCCCCCCGCACUCCCCCCUCUACUCCCCCCAGUGUUGUGACACACCGCAGGACUGCAAUAAAGCUUUUUGCACAUACAUGUAAGCCUUUGAGUUGUGCCUCGCAUCACCACUUUGUCAUCAAUCGCAGGUUUAAACGGGUUGUUUGUUUUGAUCCUUUUUUUGAGCUCAAGUCAUGACAAUGCAAGUGCGUGUGUGUGUGUGUGUGUGUUUAUGUGUUUGUGUUAAGUGACAUUCGCACCAACACUACCCUCCUAUCAGAAAACAUCACUAUGUGAUCCACAAUGAAGCAACAUUCAAUCAAACUAAUUUGAAUAUAAAGUGUAAUAUGCUAUCAUUUUUUGUUUGUUUUGCUCUCUCCUCCCCCCCCCCCCCCCCCCUCAAGAGACCUGUGGUACUGUAGGAGUGACAGACUCACAUGGAGACAGCUGAGGGUGACCAUGCAACUUUGUCUCACUUGAACUGUAUAUAAAUGGUUUUAUUGAAAAUAAAAAGCUGUACAUAUUCAACCAGAA